AUGGAAACACUUCUGCCGGUAGAAUUCAACCGUCAACAAAUAAAAGAUUAUCAAUCUUAUUCUAGCUCUUCUUUUAUUCAAAAUCAUAAAUCACAACCGCAUAGUGUAAACAAUAAUAACGACAAUGAAAUAAACUUAUUUCCAAGUAGCAACACAAGCACUUUGUCAGCAAAUAGUUCACUAGUAGGUAUAGACAAAAAUGGGGAGAAUAAUGGGGAGAGUCUGGAAGGCAAUGGUGAUGUUAAAGGUAUUUUUGUCUCCGGUAGUUGGCUUGCUGAAAUGGUUAGGUUAGUAUUGUAUGCAACCAGAGAAAAUGUCAACAUUGUUCACGAAGUAUUCAAACAAGCAUUCCUUCAGUACCACCAUGAAAGUUACAAUGCUACAAGACGUGUAAUCAAUGAUGUAACUGUCCCACCAGAUGAUGUUAAAGUUGGCCUACAAAAUUCUCUCCGGUUUUUUUUUAACAUUUCUUCUAACGUUUUUAUGGUGAGUUUUUCUCCAUCACCAGUAGUCGAUAGUAACGAAGUUAUCAGACAAUUGGAUAGUCAAGGAACAAUUGUUAAUGGUUUUGUUGAAAAUAACCAAAGUUGUUAUGUCUCAGGACUGCCAAGCAAACACAUUAGCCAGUCGGCUUUCGGAACCAUUGUUUAA